AUGAGCUCCGCCGCCGACUUGGGGCCCAAUAGCGGCGACCACGACCACGUGCUGCGGCCCCGGCCCCGGAAGCCGCAGCAUGUGCAGCUGUCGCAGCUCUCGCGCAUGUCGUCGAGCGACGCCGAUGGCCCGCUGAACGGCGACAUAGACGCGGCCAGCGCAAUGACUAGUGGUCGCUCCACGCCUGUGCCCGACAAUGCGCCCCCCUCGGCAAAGUCGCUCUCGUCGGUCCGCAAGCACGUCCGCGCCGAGCAGAGGCGCCGCCUCUUCCCGACCAUCGAGUUCGCCUCGCGCGUCUCCCACUUCGACCCGGCAAGUGACUACCGCGACUUCCACGGCUUCUUCAACCUCUUCUGGAUCGGCCUCGCCAUCAUGGGCAUCACCACCAUGCUGCGAAACUUCAAGGACACGGGCUACCCCCUGCGCAUCGAGAUCUGGUCCCUCUUCACAGUCAAGCUGUGGCACCUGGCCGUUGCCGACUUCCUCAUGGUCGCCAGCACCGCUGCCAGCCUGCCCCUCCACCGCUGGGCGAGGAGCGCCCCCGCCGGCGGCGCCUGGACCUGGAAGAACGGCGGCAUGGCGGUGCAGAGCAUCUACCAGGUCGUUUGGCUGGCCACCUGGAUCGUCAUCCCCUUCUGGCUCGAGUGGACCUGGACGGCUCACGUCUUCUUGCUGCUGCACACCAUGGUCCUGCUCAUGAAGAUGCACUCGUAUGCCUUUUACAACGGCCACCUCAGUGAGUCGGAGAAGCGCCUCCGCGCCCUCGACAACCCCAUCGCCGCCGCCGUCGAUCGCGGCCCGGCCUAUCAGUACCCGGCCGCCGACCCGCGCCGAGGAAGCGUCUCGGCCCCCCCCGAUGCCACCCCCUCUGGCGACCCCGACCCCGACGAAACCCGUGCCGCUGACGAGCUCGAGGCCCUGCGCGAGGUCCUCGCGCGCGAGCUCACCAGCCCUAUGGGCAACAUCACCUACCCGCGCAACCUCACCUGGUCCAACUACUGGGACUACCUGCUCUGCCCGACGCUCUGCUACGAGCUCGAAUACCCACGCACCCCGACCGUCAACUGGACCUCGCUCAUCUCCAAGAUUGUUGCCACCUUUGGCUGCAUCUUCCUCCUCACCGUCACCUCGGAGGAGUUCAUCCUGCCCGUCCUCGUAGACGCCUCGCACCGCCUCGACACCGUCCAGGCCACGUCGGGCUCCGUCUCCGAGGCGCUGCUCAUCCUCGCCGAGACCAUCUCGGGCCUGCUCUUCCCCUUCAUGCUCACCUUCCUCCUCGUCUUCCUCGUCAUCUUCGAGUACGUCCUCGGCGCCUUUGCGGAAAUCACCCGCUUCGGCGACCGCCACUUCUACGCCGACUGGUGGAACUCGACCGACUGGAUGGAGUUUUCGCGCGAGUGGAACGUGCCCGUCUACUCGUUCCUGCGCCGCCACGUCUACAGCGCCUCGCGUCCCCACACGGGCAAGAUGGCCGCCACCAUCAUCACCUUUCUCAUCUCGGCCGUCGGCCACGAGAUCGUCAUGGCCUGCAUCACGAAGAAGCUCCGCGGCUACGGCUUCGUCUGCCAGAUGCUGCAGCUGCCCAUUGUCAUGCUGCAGCGCACCCGCUGGGUCCGCGGCAGGCAGACGUUCAACAACGUCUGUUUCUGGUGCUCCAUGAUUCUCGGCCUCAGCGUGAUCUGCGCCUUGUACGUUCUAGUAUAG